UCUAUAUAGGCCACGUGGAUUCCGUCAUUCAUCCAAGUGCCUGUCUGAAUACAUAUUCGCAGACUUUUGAAUCGAAAAGACAAAACGAUACUCGGUACUCCCAUCACAUGUAUAAAGCGACCCAUUCAUGUGGGAACCCCGCCGUUUCGACGCAAAACGACACCGUCACAAACACCCUCCGGCCCCCUCCAAUUCCCAGCUCUCCGCAUCGCAAUGAUCCGAUGGCCGCGAUCGCUCCCACGGACAACACCGCGCCGAUCAUGCUAGCCGCCGCUGCCGCGUCCUGGCUCGGCUCGCGCCGGAUCCGCUACUGCUUGCUCGUCCUCUGCUCGCCGCUCCUAUUGCCGUUCCUCUGCGCCGCCUUCCCGCUGCUCUGCGCCGCGGAGCUCUGCCUCCGCCGAAUCCGCCACCGGAGACGGAAGGAAGAGCCUCUGAGUCGGUGCGAGGAGGGCUGUGGUCGGGGCGUCGAAGAAGAAGAGGUGGGGCUGUUGCAGCGCUACUUGGAGGAUCAGAUGCUUCUCGUCGGAUCUGUGUACGAUUGUGGUGAUGAUUCUGAUGAUGGAAAUGUUGGAUUUCAUGUCACAACUAAUGGCAGUAGCACACCUUUGUUAGUUUGAUUUUGGAGAUCAGAUACAUGUGUUUGAUUCUGUCUUGUCUUUGUUUCUGUAAAUGACUUUUUGAAUUUUGUCACCAAUAUUAUUUAGUUUUUGAUA